GCUUUCUCCCUAGGAGACUGUGUUUCCCGGGUAACGCUGCAAACAGGCGCAAUAGCUAGAAGAGGAGGAGGAGGGAGACUUGAAGGAGAUCGGGAAGACAUUCUGCCAUUUGCUGCUCCUCAGCCUGAUCUGCAGUUACAGCAAUGAUGGUGUCCAGGAAAAAUGUUACUUACAAACAGAGGGAGAAGAUGGUAGCAGAAGCACAACGGCAGGAAUUCCUUCGAGAGGACCGAAUUAAACAUUUGAACUAUGAACAACAAAUGGCGGAAAGUUUAAAGAGUGAGGAACGUGUAGAGAAGAAGCGAUUCCUACAACGGUUACAAAAUGAAGAUCAGGAAAUGAGAAUGGAUGAGGCCAUACAACAGGCAGAAGAAAGCAGGAGGUUAAACGUGCACCAGCUAGAACAAGAAGAGAGAAUGGCAAUGGAGCUGGCAAGAAUAAAACAUGAACAGCUAAAAGAUGACAAGAUAAGACAACAAAUAAGAGAAAACAGCACUGAACUACGUGAGCUGGAACAAAAGCUCAAUGCUGCAUACCUAAACAGGGAGCGGGCAGCUCAGAUUGCAGAAAAAGAACUUUUAAAAUAUGAACAGACGAAAGAAGACUUGGAAACUGUUCGUAAGAUGCAGAAAGAUCAAGAAAGAUCUGCAGAUGAAGAGAUUGUCAGAGAAACCAAGCUCUAUCAGCAGAAGCUAGAUUACCAGAGAGAGCUGGAGAGGCAGUUGGAAGAAAAAGAAAAGACAAGACAGGGAGCUUACCAGGAAUUCCUUAAAGAGAAGAUCCUUAUUGAUGAAAUUGUGAGAAAGAUCUAUGAAGAAGACCAAAUGGAAACACAGUUGAAGCUGGAGAAAAUGAAUGCCACACGGAGAUACAUUGAAGAAUUCAAAGAUCAGCAGCAAACGUGGAGAUGCGUGGAACAGGCAAGAAUGGAAGAGGAGAACAGAAAAAUCCUGGCAUUUGGCAACAUGCAGCAGAGGAGAGAGGAGGAUCGUAUGGCAGAGGUGCGAGAGCGGGAGCAGCAGAAGAAGGCUCUACAGGAGAAGCUUGCAGAACAGAUUCAAAAAGAGCAACAGCAGCGUGAAGAGCUUGAGCAAAUGCGUGAAGAGCUGUACCUGGAGGAACAGGCUGAAGAGGCCAGGCAAAAGGAUAUUGCAGAGAUGGAGAAGAAAAUCCGCCAACGUCUUGAAUUGCAGCAAACAUUUGAAGAGCAAAUGGCCUUUAAGCAAAUUGUACAGCAAGCUGCAAAAGAGGAGGAAGAAGCAUUUGUACAAGCCAUGCUAGCCAAGUUUGCAGAGGACGACCGCAUUGAGCAGAUGAAUGCGCAGAAGAGGAGGAUGAAACAGCUUGAGCAUAAGAGAGCAGUGGAGAAACUUCUAGAGGAGCGGCGCAAGCAGUUUAUUGCAGACAAAGAGCAUGAACUUCGGGAGAGGCAAGAUGAAGAAAGAAGAGACGCAUUCCGUAGAGCAAUUAUUGAGGAGGAGAGGCAGAAACUCCUUAAACAACAUGCUACUCAGUUGCUUGGAUAUCUUCCAAAAGGAAUAUUUAAGAAUGAAGAUGAUCUUCAUUUGUUUGAUGAAGGAUUUCGCCAGGAUUUUCAGAAAAGAAGGGCAGACAUAUCAUCAGAUGACGGAUGGGAUUAACAAAAUCAUUUCAAUGUUUUAAAUUCAAUUUAGAUGACACAAGGGCUCAUAUAGAGAAGCGGUGCAAAAAAAUAACCCCCACAUAUACAUUUCUUAAACAACGAAGUUACGAAGGUGCAAUUUUUCUUCAGAAUUUCAUUGUAAUGCAGGGAUUUUGCAAAAUAGUGUGCAACUUGUAUGCAAUUUACCUACGCAAGGGUGAAAUAGCAGUCCAGUUUUUCAGUCGGGGGGGGCAUAUAUAAACACUGGCCAAAUUGCAGUUGGGCAGUAACUCGUGGAAACCAAUCAGAUGUUUGCUUUUAUUGGUCUACCUGCAGCUUAUUGGAAAAAAAAACCUCAUCAGUGGUUGUUAUUGGUAACAGCUCAGAUGCAAAUUUGCCCAGUGUUUAUAAAUGAGCCCUAGCGUGUGCAUGAAUUGCAGGUGUAGGGGCAGCACACUAAGGAAACGUGUGCAUUUUAUUACAGCAGGCUAAACUGUCCAGAAUUGGCAAAAAGUACCUGUGAAUAGUAGUGAACAUAAUUUGGAGCAGAAAUGUGUGCAUAUUCUAAUAAAUGAGCCCCGAGGUGUACUAUAAUUGGUUUUCUUCUAGUUCUUUUAUGUAAAUUAAGAAAACUAUAAAUAAAUAAAAGGUGUAGCAACCAU